UCCCCUUUUAUCCAAUCCCCACCCACCUUUGAGUCCCAGAAAAGUAAAAAAAGACUUGCUCUGGUCAAAGUCAUGUCAGACUCAGAAGAUGAUGUCCCAGAGCUGGUACCUAUACCUCCCAUAGUCAAAAUUCCUGUCACAAUAAUUACUGGGUUUCUGGGUGCUGGUAAGACGACUCUGUUGAACUACAUCCUCACUGAACAGCAUCAGAAGAAGAUAGCCGUCAUCCUGAACGAGUUCGGGGAAGGUAGUGCAGUGGAGAAGUCUAUGUCAGUAGGUCAGUCUGGAGAGCUGUUUGAAGAGUGGCUGGAGCUCAGGAAUGGCUGUCUAUGCUGCUCCGUCAAAGAUGUUGGCGUGAAGGCAAUAGAGAGCUUGAUGGAGAAGAAGGGCAAGUUUGACUACAUUCUCUUGGAGACCACUGGCCUGGCCGACCCGGGUCCCAUUGCCUCUAUUUUUUGGCUCGACGAGGGUCUGGGGAGCGAGAUCUAUCUUGAUGGUAUAGUAACUGUAAUAGACUCCAAGCAUUGUAGCCAGCAGCUGGAUGAAAAGAAACAAGAUGGUUCUGUCAAUGAAGCCAUUAGACAAGUCGCUCUUGCAGACAUUAUUCUGGUCAACAAGACAGACUUGGUCACUAAGCAACAACUGGAGGCCAUUAAAAGUAGAAUAAGUGACAUCAACAGUAUGGCUAAAAUGGUGGAAACACUCCGUUCCAAAAUCGACCUGGGUCUCAUUCUGGAUCUGCAUGCUUACGAUAGUACGUCAAGGUCCAUUCCAUGUACUCAAUCGUCCCAUUCCAAUGAUGGACAUAUCAACGAUGCGGUGCGUACAGUGACAUUUGAAGUUGAGCAAGAUGUCUUGGAGGACAAACUGGACAGCUGGCUCCAAGAAUUGCUAUGGGAAAAGAGUGGGCGUGACAGAGAGGGCAGGACCAUGGAGAUUAUGCGGAUGAAGGGCGUUUUGUCAGUCGUCGGGGAGACCAGACGUGUGAUCGUGCAAGGGGUAUACGAGCUGUUUGAGAAGGAGCCCUCCACUGAGUGGGGUAGUGAGAGAAGGAUCAACAGGCUCGUGUUUAUUGGUUACAAUUUGGAUAAAGACAUCUUAAUGGACUCAUUCAGAACUGCUUGUCUUUAAUUGUCACAAUAAUAUUAGAUGAAUCAUUUUGAAAAAAAUA